AUGGCAUCACCCAGAUCCUCCACUUCAGCAUGGUUGUCCCCAUCAUCGACUAGUAGCACUUCACUUGCAUCCUCGGCUACAACUGCACCGGAUCCCUUACCACCCAAGUUUGACACGGUACUGUCGUCAUCGCCAUGUCAGCCGGUAGUGUCACCACCACCCGAAUCUGUAACACCAGUUUCACAGAAGCCGUUCGAUUUAGAUCAGGUCAUGGGCAACUUUCCACGGGCGCAAAUAGUGGACUACCAUGAGACACAAAGACGCCAAGUGGUCUCUCCAUCUCCUUCUUUAAAGGAAUUGGUUCUUUAUAAGCCGGAGACACAGCGACAAGAAUAUCUACAGGAACGACUUGGGCAAGUCAUCAAGGAUCUUGUUCAUAAAGAGGUGACCGAGUUGAUGAAACAAGCAGAGGCGGAGAUAGCGAACGAACGAAAGGCUGAGCAUUACAGUGGCAGAAGUAGCAUGCAGGAAGAGGCGUCUGAGUCAACGAAGGAAGACAAUAAACUGAUGAUAGUAGUGGUAGAGGAGGCUCAGGCUGACCAUGAGAGCCCUAAAAUAACGAACACGGAACCGACCUUCACUACCAGGCCAGGCCGAUCAGCCACCAAACUAAUGGCCCAUAUUUCCAAUGUGUCUUUCCAAAUGCCUGAUGAUUUCGAAGUUGACGAUGACACAAUAAACGAGUUUGUGCCUAAUGAUGAAGUGCUCAGGGAAAUUACUGCUCAAGGUAGGAAAAAAUAUAGUUUCUUUGACAGACUCCAUGGAUGGAAAAUGGAGUGUAGAUUAAGACUGAAUGGCGUUCGACAAUUCGAUAAGUAUUUCACACAUGUUCAAUCGAAGAUUGUGACGAGAUCAAUUCCUGAAGUUGUGAGGUUUAUCCUUUAUGAGGUGAGCCCUAAACAAAUGAGGGAAGCCAACAGCAAACGUAAAUCGAUAGAUUUUUGGGAGCCAGCUAAUGGGAGCCCUAAAAAUAUAUUAAAGGAUGAAUACCCAAGUAUGUCAUCUGAAGGCGCUGCUGGUGAUUUUGAAGAAGAGGAGGUGUCGUACGUGCAGAUGUUUCUUCGCGUAGCCUGGAGUAACCUGAUGAACGGCACUGCAGAGAAGGUGCCAUUGUUAAGUGAAUGGGAAAAAUUCAAGGCUGCAAAAAAGAAGGCCAGAAAUACACCUUGCAAACCAGAGGUUGGUACAUCCAACUUGGAUGCUGAAGCUGUAGAGACAGCAAACGCCUUGAUGGGACUAGCUGACGAUGAAAUGAAUGAUGAAGGCUUGUAAUGAUAGUGCAUUUUAUUAGGUUGCUA